ACUCUAAAGCCAUCGUGGACGGCAACCUGAAGCUGAUCCUGGGUAUGGUCUGGACUCUGAUUCUGCAUUACUCCAUCUCCAUGCCAGUCUGGGAGGGCGAGGAAGAAGAGGCAGAGUCAAAGACACCUAAGCAGCGUCUGCUGGGCUGGAUCCAGAACAAAGUGCCUGACAUGCCGAUCAAAAACUUCAGCAAGGACUGGAGGAACGGCAUGGCACUGGGAGCGCUGGUGGACAGCUGCGCACCAGGCCUGUGUCCCGACUGGGAGACCUGGGAUCCAGUGAAACCAGUGAUGAACGCCACAGAGGCCAUGCAGCUGGCUGACGACUGGCUGGGCAUCCCGCAGGUGAUAACUCCAGAGGAGAUCAUGGACCCCAGUGUGGACGAGCAGUCGGUGAUGACCUACCUGUCUCAGUUCCCCAAGGCCAAACUGAAGCCAGGAGCCCCUCUCAAACCCAAACUCAACCCCAAGAAGGCCCGCGCAUAUGGACCAGGUAUCGAGCCGACAGGGAACCGGGUGCUGCGUCCGGCCGUGUUCACUGUGGACACGUUCAGUGCCGGGCAGGGGCAGGUCACCGUCUACCUGGACCAUCCCGACGGCACCAGAGAGGAGCUGAAGGCGGAGCCUAAUGAGGGCAAGAAGACGCUCGGCGUCACAUAUAUUCCUCAAGUCAUGGGAACUCACAAGGUAACGGUGAUGUUUGCAGGCCAGCAGAUUCCCAAAAGUCCCUUUGAGGUGAGCGUGGACAAGGCGCUGGGCGACGCCUCCAAGGUCACAGUGAAAGGCCCGGGAGUCGAACCUGUGGGCAACAUCGCCAACAAACCCACCUACUUCGACAUCUACACUGCAGGGGCCGGUACAGGGGACGUGACGGCCAUGAUCCGAGACCCUCAGGGCCGGCAGAACGUGGUGGAGGUGAUGAUGGAGGACAAGGGCGACAGCACCUACCGCUGCACAUACAAGCCCACCCAGGCCGGCCCCCACACCGUCACCGUCAGCUUCGGAGGGGCGGGGAUCCCCAAGAGCCCCUUCAGCGUGGACGUGGGCCCCGCCUGCAUGCCGGGGGCGUGCCGGGCCACGGGGCGGGGGCUGCAGCCGGCAGGAAUGAGAGUGAAGCAGGUCGGGGACUUCAAGGUGGACACCAAGAACGCCGGCAGUGGAGAGCUGAAGGUCGUCGUCAAAGGACCCAAGGGCAUCGAGGAGCCGAUGAAGCUGAUCUCCAGUCAGGACGGUGUGUUCUCCUACGAGUAUUAUCCCAACAGCCCCGGAAAAUUCACCGUCUCCAUCACCUGGGGGGGUCAGCACAUCCCCAAGAGUCCAUUCGAGGUGUCAGUAGGUCGUGAAGCGGGGCCUCAGCAGAUCAGGGCCUGGGGUCCUGGCCUGGAGGGGGGCAUUGUGGGUAAACCUGCCGCCUUUGUAGUGGAGUCCGUGGGCACUGAUGUUGGAGUGCUUGGGUUUGCCAUCGAGGGUCCUUCUCAGGCUAAGAUCGAGUGUGAGGACCAGAACGACGGCUCCUGUGAUGUCCGAUACUGGCCGCUGGAGGCCGGGGAGUACGCCGUCCACGUGACCUGUGAUGAGGAGGACAUUGAACACAGCCCCUUCAUGGCCUUCAUAGUCCCCGACAACAACGCCAGUGACUCUGAAAAGGUUCAGGCUUACGGGCCGGGUCUGGAGAAGACCGGCUGCCUGCUCAGCCAACCGGCAGAGUUCACGGUCAGCGCUAAGGAUGCUGGGAAGGGACCUCUGAAGAUCACGGCUCAGGAUGCAGAGGGACUUCCUGUGGAGGUGAAGGUGAGGAGUAAAGGAGAGGGGCUGUACUCCUGCUCCUACACCCCCACCUCCCCUCUCAAACACACCUUGGCCGUCACCUGGGGAGGAGUCAGCGUCCCCAACAGCCCCUUCAGGGUGAACGUGGGUAAAGGCAGCCACCCCAAGAUGGUGAAGGUGUUUGGUCCUGGAGUGGAGAGAACUGGUCUGAAGGCCAACGAGCCAACACACUUCACUGUGGACUGUUCAGGAGCUGGAGACGGUGAUGUCAGCGUAGGUAUUAAGUGUGACGCCAACAUGGUCAGUGACAAAGAGGCCGACGUGGACUUUGACAUCAUCCCCAACGCCAACGACACGUUCACUGUCAAAUACAUGCCUCCUGCUGCAGGAAGACUCACUGUGAAAGUCCUGUUCACUGAUAAGGAAGUUCCACAGAGCCCUUUCAUCGUGAAGGUCGACCCCUCUCACGAUGCAUCGAAGGUCAAAGCAGAUGGUCCUGGUCUGGCUCGCACUGGUGUGGAGGGCGGUAAGCCGACUCACUUCACAGUGCUGACUAAAGGAGCCGGUAAAGCCCCGCUGGAUGUUUCCUUCUCCUCUCCCGUGAACGACUUUGACAUCAUCGAUAACUACGACUACUCCCAGACUGUCAAAUACACACCUGUACAACAGGGGGAGCAGAAGAUCGUGGUGACGUACGGAGGAGACCCCAUCUCAAAGAGCCCCUUCACAGUGGGCGUCGCUGCACCGCUGGAUCUCAGCAAAGUCACCGUAGACAACCUGGAAGGAAGAGCGGAGGUGGAUCAGGACCAGCAGUUUAUGGUGGACACAAAGGGUGCAGGAGGUCAAGGUCGUCUGGAGGUGACAGUGCUGAGUCCCAGCCAGCGGACGGUGAAGUGCAAAAUGGAGCCUCAGCCCGGUAAAGCAGACGUCAGUGUGGUACGCUACACCCCCACAGAGGAGGGGGUGCACGCUGUCAACGUGUCCUACGACGGACACCCCGUCCCUGGGAGCCCCUUCCCUGUGGAGGCCCAGCUGCCCCCAGACCCCAGCAAGGUGAAAGCGUCCGGCCCCGGUCUGAAGGGGGGUCUGGUGGGAAACCCUGCAGAGUUCUCCAUCGACACAAAGGGCGCGGGCACCGGGGGUCUGGGUCUGACAGUGGAGGGCCCGACAGAGGCUAAGAUAGAGUGUUCGGACAACGGGGACGGGACCUGCUCCGUCUCCUACCUGCCCACGGAGCCCGGGGACUACCUGGUGAACAUCCUGUUUGAGGAGGUCCACAUCCCCGGGUCGCCGUUUAAAGCCAACGUCCAGAUGCCCUUUGACCCCUCCAAGGUGGUGGCGUCGGGGUCGGGCCUGAAAAGAGCCAAGGUUGGAGAGACCAGUGUGGUGAAUGUGGACUGUUCCCGGGCCGGAGCGGGACAGCUCAGCCUGGAGGCGGCGCUGGACACCCCCCCCACCACCCCCACGGGGUCUGCCCCCCGCACCGGUGUUAAAGCUAAGACGGAGGUGUUGGACAACAAAGACGGGACGUACACAGUGACCUACGUCCCGCUGAGCGCCGGCAUGUACACGCUGCUGCUGAAGUACGGGGGCAAGGCCGUGCCUGGGUUCCCCGCCAAGGUGACGGCGGAUCCUGCCGUCGACACCUCCAAGAUCAAAGUGUUCGGACCCGGAGUGGAAAAACAAGCCAUUUUCAGAGAAGCCACCACAGAGUUCACGGUGGACGCCCGGCCUCUUAGCCGGCGGGGGGGGGACCACGUGAAGGCGGAGGUGAAGAACCCGUCCGGAGCGCUGACGGAGUGUCAGAUCACCGACCGGGAGGAUGGCACAUACAGCGUGGAGUACACGCCGUUUGAGAACGGCGUCCACAGCGUGCAGGUCUUCUACGACGACACUCCGGUUCCUAAGAGCCCUUUCAGGGUGACGGUGGAGGAGGGAUGUGACCCCCGCAGGGUGGUGGCUACCGGCCCCGGGCUCCAACAAGCCCUGACUGACAAGACCAACAACUUCAACAUCAUCACCAGAGGGGCAGGUAUCGGUGGUCUGGGAAUCACUGUGGAGGGUCCAUCAGAAUCCAAGAUGUCCUGCAAAGACAACAAAGAUGGCAGCUGCAGCGUGGAGUACGUUCCCUACACCCCCGGCCUCUACGACGUCAACAUCACCUACGGAGGAGAGCACAUCCCCGGAAGUCCCUUCAAGGUCCCGGUGAAGGACGUGGUGGACUCCAGUAAGGUCAAGGUGUCUGGUCCCGGUGUGGGGUCAGGGGUCAGGGCCAAUAUCCCACAAUCAUUCACUGUGGACUGCAGGAAGGCCGGCGUGGCGCUGCUUGCUGUGGCCGUCUCGGCUCCUAAGGGCCAGGCAGAGCCUGUGGAGGUGACGGACAACGGGGACGGGAUCCACCUGGUGUCCUACACCCCGUCUGUGGAGGGCCCGUACUCUGUAGCCGUUAAAUACGCAGAGGAGGACGUCCCCCGCAGUCCCUUCAAGUUCCGGGUCCUUCCCACUCACGAUGCCAGUAAAGUGAGGGCAAGCGGCCCCGGGCUGACCAGCGGCGUGCCCGCCAGCUUCCCCGUGGAGUUCAACAUCGACGCCAAGGACGCCGGCCAGGGCCAGCUGAGCGUGCUCAUCACCGACCAGGAUGGUAAACCCAGGCAGCCCACCAUCCACGACAACGGUGACGGAACCUACCGGGUGUCGUACAUCCCCCACCGGGCAGGCCGGUACACCAUCGUCAUCAAGUACGGCGGCGACGACAUCCCCGCCUCGCCCUACAGAGUCCGAGCCACCGCCACCGGAGACGCCAGCAAGUGCACAGUCACCGGUCCGGGUGUGGGUCCCACGGUUGCCAUCGGCGAGGAGCUGGGCCUGGUGGUGAACGCUAAGGCUGCUGGGAAAGGGAAGGUGAGCUGUGUGGUGGUUCAGCCCGACGGUAGCGAGGUGGAGGCCGAGGUGCUGGAGAACGAGGACGGCACCUUCGACAUCUUCUACACGGCGCCGGCCCCCGGGAACUACGUCAUCUACGUCCGCUUCGGGGGGGAGAACAUCCCACGCAGCCCCUUCAAAGUCAUGGCUACUGAUGAGGUACCCAUCAUGCAAGAGGAGAGGUCUCUUCCGUCACAGGCUUCGGCCCCUGGAGUUGGGUUCCAGCCCUGGGUGACCUCAGAUGGCUUUGAUCCUAAUAGCAGCAGCAUUAAUGGAAGCGGCUUCAGGCCGUUCGACAUGGUGAUCCCUUUCUCCUUCACGAAGGGAGAGAUCACAGGGGAGGUGCUGAUGCCUUCAGGUAAAUCCGCUCAGCCGCUGAUCUCUGACAACCUGGACGGGACGGUCACAGUGCAGUACUCCCCCACUGAGGCCGGCCUGCACGAGAUGCACAUCAAAUACAACGGAACACACAUCCCAGAGUCUCCUCUUCAGUUCUACGUGAACCACACCAGCAGUCCCAACGUCACAGCGCACGGCCCCGGGCUCUGCUAUGGAGUCGCCAACAAGGUGGCCACAUUCACCGUCUUCACAGAGGACGCCUCCGAAGGGGGUCUGGACCUGGCCAUCGAGGGUCCCUCCAAAGCGGAUAUCAGCUGUGUGGACAACAAGGAUGGGACGUGCAGCGUCAGCUACCUGCCCACUCUGCCCGGAGACUACAACAUCCUGGUUAAAUACAACAGCAAGCACAUCGCCGGCAGCCCCUUCACCGCCAGGAUCACCGAGGACAACCAGCGGCGCUCUCAGGUCAAACUGGGCUCUGCGGCAGACUUCUCUCUGGACAUUAAUGAGACGGACCUGAGCCUGCUGACCGCCAGCAUCCUGGCUCCGUCUGGCCGUGACGAGCCCUGCCUGCUGAAGAGGCUGGCCAACAACCACAUCGGUAUCUCCUUCAUUCCCCGGGAGGUGGGUGAGCACCAGGUCAGCAUCCUGAAGAACGGCCGUCACGUGGCCAACAGUCCCAUCACCAUCAUGGUGGUCCAGUCUGAGAUCGGAGACGCCAGCGCGGUCAAAGUUCACGGCGAUGGCCUGGUGCAGGGAACCACCUUCAACAACUCCAGCUUUGUGGUCGACACGCGGGAGGCUGGUUAUGGUGGCCUGGCUCUGUCCAUCGAAGGUCCCAGUAAGGUGGACAUCCAGACGGAGGACAUGGAGGACGGGACAUGUGGAGUCACCUACUGUCCCACUGAACCAGGGAAUUACAUCGUCUCCAUCCGCUUUGCAGAGGAACAUGUCCCAGGAAGUGCGUUUACUGUGCGGGUGACAGGAGAGGGUCGUAUCCGUGAGAGCAUCACCCGGCGACAGAAGGCGGCGUCUGUUUCCAGCGUGGGGAGUGUGUGUGACCUCAGUCUGAAGAUACCAGCGAUCGACAUGCAGGACGUCUCCGCGGAGGUCUCCUCCCCCUCGGGGGCCCGCCAGCCUGCAGAGCUGGUCGCCGCAGGCAACGACACCUACUGUGUGCGCUUCGUUCCCACGGAGAUGGGCGUGCACAGCGUGAGUGUGCGGUACAGGGGCGCGCACGUGCCAGGCAGCCCCUUCCAGUUCACUGUGGGGCCCCUGGGAGAGGGGGGGGCCGCAAAGGUGAGGGCAGGAGGUCCGGGACUGGAGGGAGCCCAGGCAGGAGAGCCAGCUGAGUUCAGUAUCUGGACGAGGGAGGCGGGGGCCGGCGGUCUCUCCAUCGCUGUUGAGGGUCCCAGCAGGGCGGAGAUCUCCUUCGACGACCGCAAAGACGGGUCCUGCGGAGUCUCCUACGUGGCUCAGGACCCCGGUGAUUAUGAGAUUUCGGUGAAGUUUAACGAGCAGCACAUCCCUGACAGCCCGUUCCUGGUUCAUGUGGUCGCUCCGGCCAACGACGCCCGCCGCCUCAGUGUUACCGGCCUUCAGGAGUCUGGUCUGAAGGUGAAUCACCCAGCAUCCUUUGCGGUGCGUCUGAACGGAGCGCAGGGCAAGAUGGAGGCCAAAGUCCACAGUCCCUCCGGAGCUCUGGAGGAGUGUGUGGUGACCGAGCUGGAAAAAGACAAGUACGCUAUCCGGUUCAUCCCGAGAGAGAACGGAAUCCACACCAUCGACGUGAAGUUCAACGGCUCUCACAUCCCGGGAAGUCCUUUCCAGGUCCGGGUCGGAGAGCCGGGACAGACCGGAGAGCCCGGCCUGGUGUCGGCAUACGGAUCGGGGCUGGAGAGAGGAACCACAGGUAGCCAGUCAGAGUUCAUCAUUAACAACACUAAGGCGGGGCCCGGGGCCCUUGCAGUGACCAUCGAGGGGCCAUCUAAAGUGAAGAUGGACUGUAAGGAGGUUCCUGAGGGCUACAAGGUGCACUACACCCCCAUGGCUCCUGGAAACUACCUGAUCAGCAUCAAGUACGGAGGACCCAACCACAUCACCGGCAGCCCCUUCAAAGCCAAGGUCACAGGCGCUCGGCUGGUGAAUGUGACCAACGCCAGCGAGACGUCCACCCUGACGGUGGAUCCAGUGGUCAGGUCCAGCAGCAGUUUCUCCCAGAGUGCUUUGCCCCGGCUCACAGACUCUGAUGCCAGCAAGGUGUCGAGCCGCGGCCCCGGCCUCAGCAAGGCCUUCGUGGGCCAGAGGAGCAACUUCUCUGUCGACUGCAGCAAGGCCGGUAAGAACAUGCUCCUGGUGGGGGUGCUCGGCCCCCUGGUCCCCUGUGAGGAGGUUCUGGUCAAACACCUGGGCAACCUGCAGUACAACGUGAGCUACAUGCUGAAGGAGCGGGGGUGCUACAUCCUGGUGGUGAAGUGGGGCGACGACCACAUCCCAGGCUCCCCCUUCCAAGUCAACGUCCCCUGAGGCAACCAAUAAAAACACACCGUCACUCCUCCUGAACCAUUUUGCAUCCCUGUUUGAGUGGAAACACUCUACUGCAGAUAAUCAUCCAAUAAACAACUUGCUUUACAAAGUUAAAGAGGUGCACUUUGCCUUCAGAUGUGUUCAUUUCAAAUCACAAGUAUAAAGGAUCUGACACAAUUGAUUUACUUGCUAAAAACUGAACUUGAUAAAGGAGAGGAAAGCGUUAAAAAACACUUUAGUUUAGUUUUAAACUAAAAAUGUUAAGGAAGAGAAGUGAACACAUCCAUAAAUGUAAGUUGGACCAUUUUUCUGCAGUGAAUCAGGGAAGCAAAAUGGUAAAAGAAACUAUAAUCUGACCUAAAACUGGAGUCAAAAUGAUCUGAUUUGGAAAGAUAACUAUCAUCUGUUGAUUUUUGCUGACCUGAAAUUGACAAAUUGUGAACUUGACGAUAGUUUUUAUACGUGAUUGGUAAACUAAGACGGCUUGACAUUAGUUGGUGAGAACACAAAAUCUGCAUGUUUCCAAAGUGUUAAAACUAGAUUUGGGCUCAGAAAAGUUGAGUCAAACUUGGACAAGACGACUGGAAUUACACAGCAAUUGCCUCAGUUUAGUACCAGGAGCGGCACUAAGUACGGCAAAGUACUUGGUUUGAACGCGGCUAAUAGAGACAGACUGUAUAUUUAACCUGGACUUCUGAAUCCUAUCAUGUUCUCUGACCAGUCAGUUGCCUUUUCAACAAAAUUAUGUGCUGUGGAUUUAAAAAAUGAUUUAACAUCUCAAUUUUAAGAACUGGAAUUAUGUUUCUUUAAAGCACUCGAGGCGACAGGAAGCGUCAAACUGUACACGACUACUGAUGUUUAUUAUUGAUUUAUUAGCUCCCACAAUCCCUAAAGUACAUAAUGUUGCCACUACUACUUUAUUAUGUGCUUCAUCUGUGGGUUCAUCUCUUUGCUGUAUUUUUCACAUGAAAAGAUCUGACUGUUCCUCGGAUCUGACCAGUGUUUCUGUGUUCGAUUGUACUGCAAAGUCAAUCGGUGCAUAAAUUGCAAAAAUAUUACUCUACAAUCAGAUCUGAGCUGUCUUUAUGUCUCCGAUGUUGUUGCCUAAUCAUUGAUACUUUUGAUACUUAAGGGAUGAGAGAAUUUUUGUAUUGUGGGAAAAAAUGACUUCUUGUUUUUUUAUUAUUAGGGAUUGGGUGUUUAAUGUGAAACUAAACCCUGAGAUGAUGUAUAUUUUGAUCAUUAAAAUCAGCUGGAGCUAA